UGACCCGAUGUUAGGUUAGUGGACUUGGAAUCACGUAGUUUUGUUGAUCCCUGAAAGCUGUACAUUUCUGUCUCUCCUCUGGUAGAGUUUCAAGUUUCUUUAAGAAACGGUGUCAUUGGUGACUCCUGGUUUACUCUGUGCAUUGGUGGAAAACAGAGUUAUUAAUAGACUUGGUCAUUUGCGCUGUCUCUUAAGAGGCGCUGUGACACUUACGGGUCAACGACUCCUUUCCAAAUGAUUCGUGAGGAAGUUCCAUUUCGGUCAUCCACUGGAGAAAGAGGGAAGGUUAGAGCAGCUAACCUCUGGCCGUGGUCACCUUGUGAUGAAGUACUGAACGUCGGACGAAUUCCCCCCAGUUCUCUAUCAUCACCAGCGUCAUACCUGGGUCUCUUUUUUUUCACCACAGCGGCGCUCUCUUAUCAAGAGAGGGUUGCACUUCUUGCCUACACAUCGUGCGCACGCGCACCCCCACCCUUCACCUUAACACUGCGACCUCUGUUUACCUACGUCCAGAGAGAGAGAGGUCUGUGUAGUCAGUUCCUGUUCCUUAACUGGUCACUAAAAUGUUAUUCAUCGUUGAAUGUUCACUAACAGCAGUGGUCAGUGGAACAUUGUUAUAGAAGCAUUGAACAAGUAGUGAUAACAUGGGUCUGUUUUCACUGAU